AUGAGUUCAAUAUCAAAAAUAUCAAAUCAAUCAUUAUCAUCGGGUUUUUCAUCUUUUUCAAAUGAAAGAUUUCAACCGAUUUUAACUCAUCAAACAGUACUUAAUAUUCAAAGAGCUGAUAUUAAUGCUCGAAGUAUAUUUUGUGGUGAACAAGAUUGUCGUUUAAAUGAUUUACGUCAUAUGACUAAUGCUAUUAUAGAUCUUAGUGUUGUACAAGGUACAAGAUGUGCAUUCGAAAGAGUUAAUUGGACAAUAUCUCAUCGUAAUACAGAAGUUUCUGCUUUUGUUGUACGUCGUCUUAAUUAUUGGGCACAACAAACACAAAUUGCUUGUGAUAUGUCAUAUGAUGAUGCGGUUUUUCUACAAGAACAACGUAUUUAUUUAUUAUUUUUUCAUUUUUCUUCUUAUCGAGAUUUAAAUUUCGUAGGUGAAAAACAGAUAAAAAAACCACCACCACUUACAGCAGCUAAUUUUGGCCGUCGAUAUCGAACUCGAAGUUUAACUCAAUCAGGUCCUACAAAUUUAAAUGGUAAUCGUGAUAGUAUACCUAGUACACCAACAGGUUUAACAUAUAAACAUGAAACACCAUUUGUUGGUCUUCUUGGACGAACAUUAUUAACUUCACGAUAUCCUCAAUGUGAAAGAUUAUAUACACCUCAAACAAAUUAUCGUCGACGUGAAGAUAUGUAUUCUAAUCAUGUAGUUGAAAAUAUUGAAAUAAGUUCAUCAGAUAAUGAACAAUUAAUGGAACGAGCUAAAUGGGCAGGUGUUUUAUCUGAUUCAUCUGAUAAUGAAUUAAAUGAAAAUCGUGUAUGUUUUGCCGAUACAAUAUCAUUAUCAAAACUAGCUGAAAUGUUACGAAAUAAUGAACUACAAUCUACAUCUGAUAUAUGUGAAAUUGAUAUGGUUAUACAACAAAGUACAAUGAAUGUGACCAGCCGUGAACAAAUGAGACAAUUUGAUGGUAAAAGCUAUUGGUUUCAUCGUGUUAUACUUGAUGGUCAUAUACAAUUUCCUGCUGGAAUUAGUCAUGAUGCAAAUCAAGCACGACAACUUGCUUAUCGACAUAUGAUUGAUGUUUGUUUGAAUAAUGGUGGUGUUAAAAUGAAAAUGUUAACUAAUAAUCGAGUUAAAGUAGUUAAAGGACCAAAAUUAGAAGAACAAAGUCAUCAUAAUACAGAUGAAUUAGAUAUGAAUGGUAAUCAAUUCGGUAUUAAAUCAACUACAAAUAAUGAUGAAUCAACUAUUCCUUUAACUAACGAGCACAAUACGCAAAAUUUUUAUAAUAAUAAUUAUUCAUCAUCAAUAUUGACAUUAUUCGCUAAUAUUAAAUCACUAUUUCAUUCACAUUAUAAACCAUCAGAAUCCUAUGAAUUACAUUCAAAUGGUAUUAUUAAACAUGAAAAUAAUAAUUUAAUUUAUCAUCAACUUGAUAUACAAACAAUAAAUGAUGAAAAUAAUAAUGAUACAAAUCAAAAUUCAGUUCUUCUUCAUAUGCCUUCUAAUCAUUCAAAUGAAUCACCUGAUAAUAAAUAUUCAUUUCUAUUAUUUUUUAAAGAAAAUUUCAUUUCGAUAAUUCUUAUAAGUUUAAUCUAUUUUUCAUGGUUUAUAUUUAUUGCUGGUAUUUCAAUAGUACACAUAUUAAUUUACUCUGUUCUAUUUUUCCUAUGUUCAUUAUCCGAUCGUACAAGACGUUUUGCAUUAGCUAUAUUAAUUUAUUUAACAUAUUUACUUUUAUAUGAUGCAUUACAUUUAAUACCAAAUUAUACUGUAUCAAAUAUUCAUAUACAAGAUAUUUAUUUGAUAGAAAAAAAAUUUUUUGGUAUUAAUAAAAAUGGACAUAUGAUAACUUUGAAUGAAUAUUUUCGACAAAAUCAUAUACCAUUAUUAGACAUACUUACAGGAAUCUGUUAUCUUCAUUGGAUUCCUAUUCCAGUUGCAUACAGUCUUUAUCUAUAUCGAUAUAAAACUAAACGUGAUUAUAUGGAUUUUGCAUUUACAUUUUUAUUAACAAAUAUUCUUGGCUUUGUUGUUUAUUAUAUAAUUCCAGCAGCACCGCCGUGGUAUAUUGAAUUAUAUGGUUUUGAAUUCAAUAUAAAUGCACGUGGUAAUCCAGCUGGUUUUAUACAUUUUGAUCAGAUAACUGGAUUAAAAAUAUUCUCAUCAAUGUAUUCAAAAAAUGCUAAUGUUUUUGCUGCUAUUCCAUCAUUGCAUGCAGCCUAUCCAUUAAUAACUGUUUUAUAUGGUUCAUUAAGUAAAAGACUAUGGUUACACAUUGUUUUCGUUAUAUUUACAUUAAGUGUAUGGUUUUCUGCAGUAUAUUCUCGGCAUCAUUAUGUUAUUGAUGUCAUAGCUGGUGGAAUGUGUGCUAUUACAGCUUUUGUCCUUUAUCGUAUUAUAUCUCGUAUACCAACUAUAAAUAGAUGGCUUGUUUUAUACAGUAAAUCAAUCUAA